GCCGCUUUCCUGGCUACCUCGGAACGUGGGGGCCGCCCAGGCCAGUGCAAGCCAGAGGUGGUGCAGGCUUCAGAAACUCGGAGCUGAGAAGGGCCGGGCGGCGCCGGGGCUGAGCAUCGCGGAGCGAGCUGCAGGGCCGCGGCCUCUCCGACCGAAGCACCACCUGUCGCUGGGUGAAACGUCUGGUGAAAGAAAAAGAUGUUUUCCCGGUUAAGAGCAGUUGCCACUCCUUGUUCGGUGGCAUGUCGUCAUUUGCACAGGAAAGAGAAAGGCAAGCCACUCAUGUUGAAUCCAAGAACAAACAAGGGAAUGGCAUUUACAUUACAGGAACGACAAAUGCUUGGUCUUCAAGGACUUUUACCUCCUAAAAUAGAGACACAAGAUAUUCAAGCCUUACGAUUCCAUAAAAACUUGAAAAAAAUGAAUAGCCCUUUGGAAAAGUACAUCUAUAUAAUGGGAAUACAAGAAAGAAAUGAGAAACUGUUUUAUAGAAUACUACAAGAUGAUAUUGAAAGUCUAAUGCCAAUUGUAUAUACACCAACAGUUGGUCUUGCCUGUUCCCAGUAUGGACACAUCUUUAGAAGACCCAAGGGAUUAUUUAUUUCAAUCUCAGACAGAGGUCAUGUUAGAUCAAUUGUGGAUAACUGGCCAGAAAAUCAUGUUAAGGCUGUUGUGGUGACUGAUGGAGAGAGAAUUCUUGGUCUUGGAGAUUUGGGCGUCUAUGGAAUGGGAAUUCCAGUAGGAAAACUUUGCUUGUACACAGCUUGUGCAGGAAUACGGCCUGAUCGAUGUCUGCCUGUGUGUAUUGAUGUGGGAACUGAUAAUCAAGCACUCUUAAAGGAUCCAUUUUACAUGGGCUUGUAUCAAAAACGAGAUCGUUCACAGCUUUAUGAUGAUCUGAUUGAUGAGUUUAUGAAAGCAAUUACUGACAGAUAUGGCCGGAACACCCUUAUUCAAUUUGAAGACUUUGGAAAUCAUAAUGCAUUUAGGUUCUUGAGAAAAUAUCGAGAAAAAUAUUGUACCUUCAAUGAUGAUAUUCAAGGGACAGCUUCAGUAGCUCUAUCAGGUCUUCUCGCAGCCCAAAAAGUUAUUAAUAAACCCAUCUCAGAACACAAGAUUCUAUUUCUUGGAGCAGGAGAGGCUGCUCUUGGAAUUGCAAAUCUUAUAGUUAUGUCUAUGGUAGAAAAUGGCCUUUCAGAAGAAGAGGCACAAAAAAAAAUCUGGAUGUUUGACAAGUUUGGUUUAUUAGUCAAGGGGCGGAGUGCUAAAAUAGAUAGUAAUCAGGAACCAUUUGCUCACCCAGCUCCAGAAAGCACACCUGAUACUUUUGAAGAUGCAGUAAAUAUAAUUAAGCCUUCAACUAUAAUUGGAGUUGCAGGUGCUGGCCGGCUUUUUACUCCUGCUGUAAUCAAAGCCAUGGCCCGUAUCAAUGAAAGGCCUAUAAUAUUUGCAUUAAGUAAUCCUACAACACAGGCUGAGUGCACACCUGAAGAAGCGUAUACACUUACAGAGGGAAGGUGUUUGUUUGCCAGUGGUAGUCCAUUUGGGCCAGUGAAACUCCAAGAUGGGCGAGUCUUUACACCAGGUCAAGGAAAUAAUGUAUAUAUUUUUCCAGGUGUGGCUUUAGCUGUUAUUCUCUGUCAAACUCGACAUAUCAGUGAUAAUGUUUUCCUAGAAGCUGCAAAGGCACUGACAAGUCAAUUGACAGAUGAAGAGUUAGCUCAGGGGAGACUUUACCCACCACUUGCUAAUAUUCAAGAAGUUUCUAUUAACAUUGCUAUUAAAGUUACAGAAUACCUAUAUGCUAAUAAAAUGGCUUUCCGAUACCCAGAACCUGAAGACAAGACCAAGUAUAUUAAAGAAAGAAUAUGGCGAAGUGAAUAUGAUUCCUUGCUGCCCGAUAUGUAUGAAUGGCCAGAAUCUGCAUCAAGACCUCCCCAGAUAACAGAAUAGAAGCACUCACACCAAUAAAUAUUUCCCAUGCUUCAGGGAAGCUCCUUUUUUGAGAGAUGUUAUCAGAUUUAUGGUGUUUCUGUAUUUUUUUUCUUCCCCCACUACUUUACUUGACUUAUCCCAUGUAUGUCCAUGUCUGUUGGAGGUGGAUGUGUUGACUGUAUUAAGGUCCACCAAUACCCUACAAUCAACCAUAAUGCUUAAUGUCCUUAUUUGUAGCCAUACAACACCCAAGAGAUGUUUAAAAUGUGUCUAUGGAUGUCUUCACUUGUAUUUUUGGUCCUGCUUGCCAAAGUAUUUGUUAUUUACUGUUAUAGGUAACAAUCUUCCAUCAUCCGGUUAGUUCUACAAAAAUAGAAGUUUAUUUCUGUGGAUAUGAGGGCAAAUUUUGCAAAGCAGCCAAAUUUUAAACAAAAUUCAAAGAAAAUUGUCAGUAUGUAAAACUUUAUCUGCUUCAUUUUACCUUAUGCUCUGAAAUUCUUUUAUAAUACACAGAUCUAGGGAAAUAAAAUUUUUUCCCUUUUUCUUAUUUUCUGGAACUAAUCAAGGUUUAACUAUAACAUUAGGAGAGAGUUAUGGGAACUAUUAUUGCCUUUAGACAAAGCAGUCUUUUGCAACAGUGUGUAAAAAUGAUUUUUAUUUAAUAAAGUAAUGUCUUAAACUUAA